UCCAAUCUUCGUGCUUUGUUUUUUUUUUUGUUUUUUUCUUUCCCGCAUUGCUGCCGCAGCUCUGAACAUGUCGCGGGCCCUCGGUCGUGUGGCCCGGCUGUCGGUGCUCACAAACACCCGGUGGACCCCCUGCUGCAACCCGGGAUGGACCGUGACACCGAACCGGACCGCCGUGUGCACGCAGUCCGGCGCCAUCCUGCCCAAACCCAACAAGCAGACCCCCUUUGGACUGGUCCGGAUCGCUCUGGUCGUGGUCCCGUUUCUGUACGUGGGGACUCAGAUCAGCAAGAACUUUGCUGCUCUGCUGGAGGAACACGACAUCUUCGUCCCUGAGGAUGACGAUGAUGAUGACUGAGGGGACUUCCUUGCUUUAAAGGUACCACUUAAAGGGGACAUAUUGUACAAGAUGUUGUGUUGUCAAAACCACUGAGGUGUCUGUGAGCGUUUGAGAUAAGUCAGUAAUUUGCCAUCCCAGAGUUCCUUCUACUGUUCUGAAGUGGCGUUUCCUGCACUGGAUUUGGGGUAUACUGUUACCAACCCAGAGACACGGGGCUGUCCCACUGCUGCUCGUGUUGUACUGUGUGUGCAUGUGCUAAUAAAUUGUUAUUAAGGAGAGAAUCACAGUGUUUGGUUGAAUUCUGUGCAGAUUUGUGGCACCGCACAACUAAUGUGUAACGACAGAAACUCUGACUCUGAAAAACAGAAGCAUAACGAUCAGCCUUCAUUAAAUGAGUGUAUUUACAGCGAG